CAGCCAUAUUCUUACAGCUAUUGUAGAAUGGCCUUUACGGAAAAGAGAACGAAACCGCACGGAUCCCAUUUAAUUACUAGUUACUUUUCCGCAUUUACGCGUUUCCGUACGCUCAUGUAAUCGCACUCUUAUUGUAAAAAUCCAUGCAACAAAAACUGCGGAACGCUUGUGAUUGGUUCCGCUCUCGUUCUGCGCUCCGCUAUUUCUCUGCAUGAGUGUGCACCCUGAGAACACGCGGGUAACAUUUCAAGCGCAUCUAUUUUUGAAAAUAAUCGACUGUGAAUUUGCUUGCUGCUUAUGACUAAUAGUUUAUUGUAGAGGGUUCUUCACAACUUAUUGUACAUGGUCCUUGUAAAUUUAAUAAAUUGACUCAAUAUAAAGCGAAUCAAUAUAGCCGUGUAAUCAAUUUCUAUUCGUUGUACGUUGAUUUACAAUCGAAGAAAGGUAUUAUAUUAUACACACACUCUUCUAAUCAGGCACCACACUUGCAACAUAUGCAAAAUGCCACAUGUGCCAAGUGACGCACGCACUUGUGCGUUGUUUUACAAAUAUGUUUAUUGAUGUUUACGUACUAUUUAACAAUGAGAUACGAGUAUCUUGUGUGUGAAACUGAUCUAUGGGCGAUCGAUCGAGCGUACGACGAGUUGCCCGGGACUGUCCAGGAUAGCGAUAGAUAUGACAAUAUAAGGUGCUCUGCAUCGAAGCAACGUCAAAAGCUUUAUUUACACAACAAUAUUGCUAGAUACGAAAUCGAAAACGAAUCGAUCAUUGUCUUCAAAUUUCUGUCGAUUUUUAACUUUGCACAUGCACAAUGGUUGAGAAGAAGGUACAUAUCCCGCUGAAUCACCCGAAUCGGGAUAUUUGCGAGUUUUGUUAUGGUGCAGCUCAGGUAUUAAGUAACUUACCAGAAAGGGUUAAAAUUGGACAAGUAAAGACAUUAUAUGGGAUAGGAAAGAAAAUAGGGGACAAGAAAGAAAAGUUUCUUCAGACAGGAAAGUAUAAAGGAUUAGAAAUGAAUAAUCAGAAGAAAAAAUAUAUUAUCAGAAUGUUAAUAAAGAUACCUGGCAUAGGUCUUAAAAAGGCAAAAGAUUUAGCAGAUGAUAUCAAGACACUGGAAGACCUCAAGAAGCACCAAGACAAAUUCUCAGCUCGCCAGAGAUUAGAAUUGAAGUACUUUGAAGAUUUUAACAAGAAAAUGCCUAGAGAAGAGGUCAUGAAGAUAGAGCAAUUGUUGACAGAUCUCAAUGAAUUAAACUAUGAAUAUCUUGUAACUAUUUGUGGAAACUACAGACGUGGCUUGGAUGAGACCAUUAUCACUGCUAUUGUUACACAUCCCGAUUAUAUAUCAAAAGUGCCAACAAGGAACAAAAACAUAUCCAUGAAAGUGAUUGUUAAAUGGCUCAAAGGUCGAGAUUUGGUCGCAGAUACGAUAUCCCUUGGAUCUAAAAAUUUUGUGGGUGCAUGUCGAUUACCAACAUGUAUGAAAGAACGUUUCGGAAGACUGAGUAUACAUUUUGUAUUUUACGAUCAGUAUUAUUGCGCCAUACUUUAUUAUACGGGAAAUGAAAUGUUCAACAAAACUAUUAAAAGAUACGCGUUACAGCAAAAAUACGCCCUCAGUAAAUAUAUGUUAAAAUCCAAAGGUGCGUCAGGUAAAACCGAAAAUAUCACGUGCGAGGAAGAUAUCUUUAAUAUCUUGGGCUUGUCAUAUGAGCUUCCGGGAUGCAGAAAUUCGUAAAUGGUAAAAUGGUGUAAUAUUAUUGGCUAUGUUGGUAUGAGUACGCUAUUGAAU